UGCGCAUUAAUGUUAAAGACGCCAGCUUUUCCCUGUGCAGCAGAGUUGAGAUGUUUCUACGCUUAUGCUGUCAUGAAGCAACCUAUGUUGUUUUUUAAUAUACAUUUUAUUGACAAUAUUCCUAAUUUUUAAGGCGUGUAGGUGAUAGGCAAUGAAGCUAACACGGAAACUUGUUCUUGCUAAGGCUAAGGCCUCAGACUUGGAAAGCGUGAAGAAACUAAACUGUUGGGGAUGCAACCUGACUGACAUUUCCAUAUUCUCUCAGAUGCCAAGCAUUGAAGUGUUGACUCUCAGUGUGAACAACAUCUCGUCUCUAUCUCCCUUGGCUGGCUGUCCGUCUCUGAGUGAACUGUACCUGAGGAGGAACAUGAUUCCUACGCUAUCAGAGCUCUGUCAUCUGCGUCCACUGACGCGUCUCAGAGUUCUGUGGUUGGCCGAGAACCCUUGUUGCGGUACUGACCCGAGUCGGUAUCGGCUCACCGUGCUGCGCUGCCUUCCUAGACUCCAGAAGCUCGACAAUCAAGUGGUAACCGAGGAAGAGAUUGCACUCGCUCUAAUGGAAGGUGACGAGGUCAGCACACCCACUGGCAACAUCCACAACCAGCUUCCCAACAACGGCCUUCCAGAUGCAGAGAUGGAGAACGAUCCACUAAACUACAACAUGGAGGAGACCAAUAAAAUCAGAGAAGAGCUGGGAAUGAAGCCUCUCUCCAGAGACAAAUUCUCCUCUCUUUCCUCUCCAUCCACCAUGGAGAAACCGACGAUGAAAAAGACCCACAUCCUCGAUGCGGUCCUGCUUCUGCUGAGGGACCUGGAUGAAGAGGAGCUCCACGUGGUGCACACCGCCACGCAGAACAGGCUGCAGACCUACACACUGGAUUCAGGAGACGGUCAGAGAUCGUCAGCUCAGAAAACUGCAGAGAUCCAGCACUAACUAUAUCCACAGCAUGCAGUCAGAAUGACAUCCCACUCCCCCCUCUUUUCCCACAUCCAGCACCAAUCUCAGGAUUCUAACCCACAUACGCUUCGCCUCCCGGUACCUUCUGCUCGUUUACGUGUACAGUUUCCGAUUUCAUUUCACUGCCACGUCGCAGUUUUGUGGCCCUGGUUUCCCAAAUUAUUAUGGGAUUCUAUUGUUCAGCUGCAUGACUACACGCCUCACAAGAACAUAAUGUAUGUUUUGUUUAACGCGCAUAUCUAUUUUGAAAUUAAAAAUAAUGUUCAGCAAUAAUUUAA